AUGCGGAUCCGAGUUACUAACGGUGAGCCGCACUUACGAACAACGCAUGGGGUUCUAUUUGUGGCUCAGUGCAGCUCUAUUUGUGGCCCAUGUGCAGACUUGCUAGAUUCCGCUGGUUUCCAGCCUCACGUUUGUUUGUUCCCCCUCUUCUCUCCUCCCCCCUUACUCCUAUUACUAAAGUGGCAGGGUAGCAAAGGCACCAGAAGUGAGAUUCUCCCCAGGACUGUCCUUUGUGCUGUUCUGCUGCUGCUGGUCGUCUCGGUGCUGGGCAAGGGCAAGGCGAGGUGCAGCAUUGUGGAAAUCCUGCGGCAAUACCAAGCCGUGAUCUUUGAUGAGCUCCAGAACCUGAAAAACUUGACUGGAUCUGUGGAAAUCCCAAGGAGGGGCCGAGGGAGAGCUGGCCUCACCUGCCACUCUAACAAGGAGCAGAAAAUUCUGCUGUCCAUCUCUACCAUGAGCCUGUCUCUCCGGGACAUGGUGAGAGGCCCGAGGAAGAAUCCUGAGGUGGUGGCUGUGACGAAGGUGACCAGCAACACAGAGUCUGUGACCAGACAGAACUGCAGGAAAAUCCACAAGAAGAGUCUGUCGACGGCGACCGAGAAGCCGCGCCGCAGAGGCCAGGGCAGCAGGAGGAAGCAGCUGAGGGAGAUGGCGCGCGUGGUGGACAGCUUGGUCACCUGCUGGGAGAAGCUGUUCUCGCUGCACUCGAAGGACUGGGACACAUAGGGUCGGGCGGAGGCGGUGUGGGGCAAGCUGGGGCACGUACCAACCGCUCCACACGAGCCAGCCAGCAACACUGAUUUGAUGUCAACUCCGUGCCUUCUGAUUGCUUGGUUCUGCCGGUGGGUGAGGCAGGCAGUGCCGGGGCUGGCUUCAAUGCCUCUCAGCCUUCUUUGUGCUCACGUCCCCCUCGGCUACUGCUCCAGGGAGCAAAUACCCCGGGCCAGAUUCAGCACCAUCCACAGAUGUCAGGCUUGAAUUUGCUCCUGUGUUCUGAAUACUUUGUGGGGCUUUCCCGCGCCCGGGACUCGGCUCUGGCGGGGCUGUGCGUUAGCAAUUGGGAAGACGGGCAGGUGAGCAGGAUGGCUGCUUGCAGGAGGCCACCGGGAAGCUGAAGUGCGGCUGGACAUGGGGUUGAUGACUCAGUAAGCGGAGCGUUUCUUUCUAGGUGUGGGCUGAAGCAGCGUUCCUCAUGGGGUAAAAGGGGAGGCUGUUGUCUGGAUGUCAGACCAGCCUUUCAUUGCUCUUCACGUGUGCUGUCAUAACUACUGUCCUCUUCUGACUGGCCACAGUGCCGAUCCCUGCUUUUAGCAAAGAGGCAGCAGAGUGUGCCCUUUGAUCAGCGGCAGAAAAUUACGGCUUUCUGUGCGGCUGUUGCUGGUACAGUGCCAGCCUGCCAGGCAGAGCUGCUUAUAAGAACGGCCAGACUGGGUCAGA